AUGCGAUCCGCUCUCAGAAUGGGCUCUGCCCUGUUGCGCGCUGCCCCCAUGCAGCGCGCCAUGCCAAUUGGCCGUUUCUACAGCCAGGUCGCGCAGCUUCGUGGGCUUGAUGCCUCCAAGCUUAGCAUCACCAAGACAGAUACCCCCAAGCCUCUUACCAGGCCCGAGGAGCUUGUGUUUGGCAAGGAAUUCACAGACCACAUGCUCGCGAUCGAAUGGAACAAGGAGCAGGGAUGGCUGGAACCCAAGAUUACGCCCUACCAGAACCUCUCCCUAGACCCCGCCACAUGCGUCCUGCACUACGCCUUUGAGUGCUUCGAGGGCAUGAAGGCCUACAAGGACAAGAACGGCCACGUCCGCCUCUUCCGCCCCGACAAGAACAUGGAGCGCUUCAACAAGUCCUCGGCCCGCAUCGCCCUGCCCACCUUUGACCCGGACAACCUGAUUGAGCUCAUCUCCAAGUUUGCGCAGCUCGAGUCGCGCUUCAUCCCCGACCAGCGCGGCUACUCGCUCUAUCUCCGACCGACUAUGAUUGGUACUCAGAAGACGCUCGGCGUCGGUACCCCCGGCUCCGCCCUCCUUUUCGUCAUCGCCUCGCCCGUGGGGCCGUACUAUCCCACCGGCUUCAAGGCCGUGUCCCUCGAGGCUACCGAUUACGCCGUCCGCGCCUGGCCCGGCGGCGUCGGCGACAAGAAGCUCGGCGCCAACUACGCGCCCUGCAUCGUGCCCCAACAGGAGGCCGCCAGCCGCGGCUUCCAGCAGAACCUCUGGCUUUUUGGCGAGGAGGAGUACGUCACCGAGGUCGGCACCAUGAACAUGUUCGUCGCCAUCAAGGACAAGGCCACCGGCCAGAACGAGCUCAUCACCGCGCCCCUCGACGGCACCAUCCUCGAGGGCGUCACCCGCGACUCUAUCCUCGGCCUCGCCAGGGAACACCUUGCGCCUGCUGGGUGGAAGAUUAGCGAGCGCAAGUACACUAUGCAAGAGCUGUACGAUGCGGACAAGGAGGGCCGCCUCCUCGAGGCCUUUGGAGCCGGCACUGCCGCAAUUGUCAGCCCCGUCCGCAAGAUUUCUUGGAAGGGCAACAUGGUCAACUGCGGUCUUAAGGACACGGAAGAGUCGGGCGAAAUUGCUCUGCAAAUGAAGGACUGGAUCGAGAAGAUUCAGUAUGGCGAUAAUGAGCAUGAGUGGAGCUACGUCACUCCUCAGUAA